AUGGGCAACCUCGAGACUGCGCUGACUGCCGACUCCCCCGGGGCCCCCCCUGCAGCCCCUGGGGGCCCCCAGUGCCCCUCAAAAGAGGGGGCCCCCGAAGGCGCAGCAGCAGCAGGGGCCCCGCGGGCCCCAGGGGCCCCCGGCCUUCUGCAGAAGCUGCAUGCGGGCCCCAGCUGCCACGUUAGGGCCCCCAGCAGCACGCCCCCGCUGCCGCUGCACACAGCAGCAACAAGUGUACCCCUUUCUGUUCAAGAAAUAGAAAGCGAGACAGACGUGGGGGCCCCCAGUCCCAGCCCCGAGGAGAAAAGGGCCUCUUGGGGGCCCCCCUCGUACCCUGCGGACAUGGAGCUGCUGUGUCCCACGCCUUACCAGAGCCUGUCUGUAGAUCCGGGGGCCCCCGGGGGCCCGCUGGGGGCCCCCCAGGGGGCCCCCCUGGGGGCCCCCGCGGGCUGA